GUUGCUUAUACAUGUGAUCGAUGAUGCAGGUCCUACACAGAUUUGUGGAGAGGAGCCCAAAAGCAAGCCUGCCUGUAUGUCGAUUUCUCUGACGAUACUGUUUGGGAUUUUGUCACCACGGAUACAGUUGUCAGCUGGCUAACUGAUGCAUCUUUACUCUUUGUGGGUGUCGCAAAGGCGCAGGUCGCAUAACUGUGAUGUCACAAAGACAGUUCUUUACUGCUGGUUUUUGUCUUAGAUGACUAUUUGUAUUUUGUAAUUUCUUGUUUAAGUUUGAAUUGCUAAAUGUUUUUUUUAAAUAUAUGUGUAUUCUACCGAUAAAGCAUCUUACUUUCUCAAAUGUCCAAGUGACUAACAGAUUAGAUGGUGCCUGCCUGGCAAGACAUGGACCGGGCAAGUUCUGACCUCCUCUCAGUGUGAGGACGCAUAGAAUGGAGUGUUCCAACUUUGCAGUGACUGUGGAGUGCCAGAUCUCCUCUCCCACCUGCAGCUAUAUGAUGGAGGAACUUUUAGGGGCCGGGUCAUUUGGCGAAGUGGUCCAGUGUAGGAAGUUGUCAUCGGGCGAGACUGUGGCUUUGAAGGUGAUCAAGGACAGUAGCAAGAUGGAGGAUGCCAAGGAUGAGGAGCGCGUUCUGAUUGAGCUGAAAGAACACGGCUCGGACCGGUUCAAUAUUGUCUGCUGGAACGAUUCCUUCACCUUCCAGGGGCAGUUUUGCCUGGAGUUUGAGAAGCUCGACAUGAGUCUACAUCAGCUGCUCGAGUGGCGCCUCCCUCUGUCACUGAUGGAGAUCCGGCCUGUUCUGCAGCAGCUGACAACCGCACUGCAGUUCCUGAAGAGUGUAGGGAUCGUGCAUUGUGAUCUGAAGCCAGACAACAUCAUGGUGGUGGACCACCUGCAACUGCCGCUGAAGGUGAAAGUUAUCGACUUUGGCUUGGCACUGCAUGCCUCGGAGCUGUCACGGGGAAUGACCGUGCAGAGCAUGUGGUACCGGUGCCCCGAAGUGCUGCUGGGACACGAGUGUACGGAGGCUAUCGAUGUGUGGUCUUUGGGCUGUGUUGCCGUUGAGCUUCUGCUGGGUCGAGCUCUGUUUGAUGGCUCUGAUGAGUACGGCAUGCUGUCACAGAUCAGCACCACACUUGGAAAGCUGCCAGCCAGCCUCCUCGACGCCGGCAUAUUCACUUCGUGCUUCUUCCGCAAGAAAGCCAAGAAGUGGAGGUUGAAGAACAGAGCCGAAAUGGUCACAACGUACGAUGGAACUCAACCUUUAAACAAGCUGUCAGAUCUGCUGGAGGUUCAUUUUGUGCGACCCAUCAACUGCAGUGAUGAGGACUGGCAUGCUAUGCAGUGUGACCUGGAGAGCUUUGUGAACGCAGUUGCUACAAUGCUCCACAUGGACCCGAGUAAAAGGUCGAGGCCGUGCCAAAUUCUGGAGCACCCAUUUGUUACCAUGAGCCACUUAGAUGGCAAAUUUCCAAACAGUGCUUACGUCAAACUCUGGCGCGACUGCAUGGAGGUGGGUCGAACGUGUCAGAACAAGGAAACCUCCGCGAGGCCCAUUUGGAGCACGUCAAGCUUCACAUGUGGCGAUCAUGCGAUUGGGCCCAGGAUGUUGGACCAGUCGGUCAUCACAUUCAGCAGCGCCAAUUCCUUGCCUCAAAGUAACAACAGAGUGAGGAAAAGGAAACGUGAGGAGGAUGAUGAUGAAAUCGUCUGCUGUGCUUCAGCUGCAAGUAAAAGAAGCAACAGAGAUGCAGAAGUCAUCUACAUGUCUUCAAUUGACAGCUCCAGGAAGGGCGGCGGUGAAAUGAAACACCAGGCACACAAACGACUCCUCCACUUGGAAUGUGGCGAUGCCACAAUCCAAUGGAAGACGAACAAAGCAGCGACAGUGGCACACGAUGCAAAAGAACCCGAGGGGCAGAUCUGUGAACUGUAGCUCAAAUUUUUUUAAUCAUGAUAUUGUAUUUAUGUAAUCUCCCCGCCCCCCGUCAAGUUUGCUGUGAGGUUCAGCCACCACUAUUGUACUUACAAUGGUUAAAUGCAUUUUCUCUAACUCUUGACCUCAUUCGGGUUGUCUGUUUCAAAUGUUUGUGAAAAAUUCUGUAAAAUUUGCGGUUCGAUUAAGGUUCAUGUUUAAUAGUUUGUUUAUUUUUAUCUGGUCAGUUCUACAGUGUUCAUUUGAUCUUGUACAGGAAUUUCAAAUGUUUCUAUUUUUGUAUAGAGCUACAAUUCUGACUUGUUUGGAACUCUGGAAAAAGUAUAGCUGCUAAAAUAGAGUAACCAGUGUAUUUUUAAAUAAAGCUUUUGAAGAAGGCA